UAUCAUCUAAACCAGCAACAUGUGUGUUAGACCCUAUUCCAUCUAAACUAUUAAAAGAACUCCCUUCCGACCUUGCCCAACCUCUCCUCCAUAUCUGUAUAUAAUCGUAUGGUCCUAUAAUUGUGCAGUUGCUCUUUAUCUAUAUUUUAUUUUUUAAUUAAUCUGUAAUUGUACUGUCAGUGUUAGUGUUAGCUGUAUACACCUAGGGUUCAGAGAGUAAAGCAAUUUCAAUUCUCUGCAUGUAUGUGCUGUACAUGUGGAAGAAUUAGAAAUAAAGCAGACUUGACUCAUUAUCAUUAAUUCUGCCUGAAAGUCACAUUGGUCCGUUGUCACUGAUAUCAGAUAAUCUGCCUGGUAACGUGAGUGUGUUUGCAAAUGGAAAUUUGCUAUUGGUUGAAAAAAAAAAAAAGCAUGAAGAUGAUAAAGCAAGAAUUUUAGCGUCCAUGGUAUGGAAAUGAUUAUUGCGAGAUGCUGACGAUGCUGAGAUGCUCUUUGAGAGAGUUUAUGAGCGCAACAUCCGAGUUUAAGUGACAUUUUAGAAAGCUACUAAAUUAAGUUGCAUUUAAGUUGUUUUUAGUAGAAAUAUCUAGAAACACUGCAAUAAUCAAAAAAGCCCAUGGACAGGUUGUUGCUGUCAGGAUAGCACAUCCGGACAAUAUAUAAAUCCCUGGAGUCUUUCUACAAACAACUCAGGAAGAGCUUUGCAGCGACAACUCCAGAACGUCUCGAAUGAUUUUUGAAAAUGGAAUCAUCAGAAAACCUGCUGUCAUCACGACUGCUUUCACUGCUUAAGAACGGAGAGUGGGGAAAAGAUGAUGUUGUGAAGUUGUUUAAAGCCCUUGUGAAAGAAUUUAGUGGCAGGAAUGAAGAUUUUCGUGCAUGGAUGACGAAAAUGCUUUAUCAAGUGGAAAUUCACAAAAUAAGGGUGUCAGAAUUGACAUUGAUUGAAAACCAGACUCUGGGUGAUGUUGAGGACAAAAUUAACAACAUAGCUAAAAACAUUAACGAGAAAACACUAAAUGAGAUUGUGAAGGAAAUCUGUGAACAAGCAGAUAUUGAUAAAGAGAUGAUGGAACGAGUGACAGACAUCGUGUCCUCUGUGAAUGAUUGUCUAUCAGCUUCUACAGCACCACAUCUACAAGGAAUAAAGCAGACUUUGUUUAUUCUCUGCAAAGCUGUAGAAAAGACAAUGAACUAUAAACCGCGAGUGACUCAGAUGGUGAGCUGGUGCAUUCUGGCUCUUUCUGAAUCGAGUCGACUGGUUCAGGUUUUAACAGGAGAAGGAAAGUCAUGUAUCGUGGCAAUGUUUGCUGCAUAUCAGGUCAUGAUGAAAAAACUCCAGACAUUAUCUCCAGUUCUCCCUUACUUGCUGAAAGAGACGCUAAAGAAUGGCUUGACUUUUAUAAUGAACUGCAUUUCACUGUUAAUACCAACAUCAACAAAUCAGAAAAAGAGCUGAAGAAGUGCUAUGAAUGUCAGGUGGUCUACGGUACGACUGUCAGUUUUGCAGCAGAUUUUCUGAGACAGCGCUUCCUUAGACAAGACGUGAGACCUAACAGAGCGUUUCAGUGUGUUAUAGUGGAUGAGGUGGACUCACUGAUGCUGGACAAAGGUCUUGAAGUGGUCUACUUGAGCACUGAGAUUCCUCUAAUGGAAUCUCUCAAUGGAAUAUUGGCUGAAAUUUGGCUAAUCGUCAACCAGCUCAAACGUUUAGAUACUGGUGAGGUUUUAGGACCCAUUCAGCUCUUUUCUCAGCUUCUGUCUGAAAUCAUUACUGAAAAUAAAAACAGCGAUCAACGCAAUAUUGUGCAGAUGGCUGUGGAUGCAGGGAUUAUGCCUAUAAAAUCCUCAAAGCAAACACAAGGAAACAUGACAAAUGUUCUUAAACUACUCGAUAAUGCAAGUGUUGUGCAAAUGGUGGCAUUUUUAACCAUUUUUAUGAAAGAUUUACCCAAGUAUUUCAUUAAAAUAUACGUUGAAAGGCCUGAUGGGACUUUACAGAAACUAGAACAGAUUAGUCCUGCAGAUGGAGAUAGGAGACAAGAAAUAUCUGUUCUUCUACUGGGAAAUGGAAAAUGUCGUAUUGUGCACUUUGAAGAGGACUCAGUAGACCCGUCAUUGAGGAAAAAAAUAAAAAAAUCCUAUGCAUCAAAAUCAGCAAUAGAACCAUCUAAAUCUCGAAUCCCAGGUCUAGAAGAUCUCAUCAGUGGGAAGAUGCAAACUUGGUUUGGAAGUGCUCUGAAAGCCACAAAAUUAACUCUAGACCACGAAUAUGUCCUUCAUGAAGAUGGAGUCGCUCCUGUCGAUUACAAAUGCACUGGUGUUGUGCAGAAUGACAUGAGAUGGGGGGAAGGACUUCAGCAGUUCCUGGAGAUGAAACACCAAACUAAACUCUCAAACAUGACUCUAAUAACAAACUUCAUGUCUAAUGUUGGAUUAUUCAAAAAAUACUCAAAGAUCUAUGGUAUCACAGGAACUUUGGGAGACCAAAAAGAGCUUGACAUGGUGAAGAAGCUCUACAAUGGCAUUGAUACCUUUAAGAUUCCCUCAUUUAAACAAAGGAAACUUUAUGAGCUGGAGGGUUUGGUGAUACCUGAAGAAGAUGAGUGGAUCAGGACCGUCUGUAAUGUUGUUCGGGAUCAAGUGUCAUCCACAGACUAUCGAGGUCCACGAGCAGCUCUCGUCAUCUGUGAAACAAUCAAACGUGCAGACAUGUUCCGCACAACCUUUGCAGGCACCAUAUCGCAAGACAAACUGAAACUCUAUGUGAAUAACAACAUGGAUAACUCUACCGUAACAGGUUCAACAGUCCAAGCAGGAGACGUCAUCAUUGCAACUAAUCUAGCAGGUCGAGGGACAGACCUAAAGGUUUGUGAAAGUGUAAAUGAGGCAGGAGGUCUGUUUGUGGUGCAGACCUUCUUACCCCUGAACGUCCGUGUGGAACAACAAGCCUUCGGACGAACAGCUCGUCAAGGGAGUCCAGGAUCCGCUCAAAUCAUCAUGUGUGCCAGUCACUUCUCUGACUCUACUAAACUAGUGACGGGUGAAAAUACAUCGCUAACCAGUUCACACAGCUGUGACUUAACAAAACAGAUGACAAAAGAGAGUGUGUUUGAGAAAACCGUUAAUCACUACUUGAAAAAUCGCAGCUCUCAAAAUCAGGAGGAGAUGGUCUCUGCUCUGAUGGACCUCUUAACCAAGAAUUCAAGUGAUCUGGAAAAAGUAAAAGACGCCAGGAACACUGGGGUGAACAUGAGAAUCUCUGGGUUCCUUGAAAAAGACAUUCCAGAAAUCACAACAAAGGAAGAGCUUUUUUCUCUCUACCUUGAUUUUUUGGACGGAAUCUAUGAAGAUGAUGUUUUUUCAGACCAGCGUGACGUAAUUGUGUCCUCACUUCAUGAGUGUUGGGGUCUGUGGCUCCUGAUGUAUUUCAAUGAGGAAAGAUCCGUUGAGGAAAGCACAUCUUUGAAGGAACAGCUGAAGGUAGACUUAUCAAAUGCAAAGCAGAAACUUUUGAGGAAACAGUCCCCAUCCUCCAUGGUCUACUACUACAUCAGGUCUGGAAACAAUCUCUGUGAAAAGGGACGCUUUACUGAGAGCAUCGAGAUGUUCACCAAAGCUUUGGAGGAUGGUGCAUCUGGAGAGAUUAUUCCUCUCUAUAAUCGUGCACUGGCCACUAUUAUGAAGAAAGACACUGACUAUAUUGCUCAAGCAUUGACUGAUUUGGAAAAGGCUGACAAAGCAAUAGAUUCAUACAAAUCACAUCUGGAACAUAUUCUAACUUGUGUGAAAUCCUCAAGACAAUAUCUAACAACAGGUGAUACUUUGCUCAGCAAACAGUUCAAAAUGAAGUGUAUAAUUGUAGACCAACUUAAGAUUAAUAUCCAAGAUGCUGUAAUGCAGUUAAAGAGGGCUGAAAGCAGAGGAGGACAUGUGAGACUAUUUGAUAAACAUACACUUUUUUUGUCUGAAGAUGCUGUGAAGAGGACUAUUAGCAGAGGAGAUAUGUGCCUGCCUGAAAAACUUGCCUUGAUUGUAAUAGAAGACUUUCUAAAGAGGGGUGACAUCAAAAGGGGAGACGUAAACGUGGCAGAAAAAUUUGCACUGCUUUAUGCAAAAGACAAUACAAAAACAUCAGAAUGCAGAGGAGGGCUUGAAAAUCCAGUUGAAAGACUUAUAUUUCUGCUGUUUGAAGACUCUAUUCGCAGUUCUCAAAAAAGUCUACAAGAGCUCAUGAUGGAAUAUGAACAUAUCAGGUCACUGGGUCUUGACACCAUUUUCUCUUUAGACACCAUAUUUUCUCUCAGGGGCUUUUUGUCAAAGAUAUUUAGAUAAGACAUAAUGUUUAGUUGAUAAGACUGACUCGAAAUGGGAAACUUCUCUUGAGCUGUCAGAUCUUAGCUGUCAAAUUUACAUACACAUAUGUGCAUUCACACACACACACACACACACACACACACACACACACACACACACAUUGGGUAUAACUGUUUUACAGGGACAUUCAUAGACAAUGACUUGUUUGUUUGUUUUUUUAAUAUACAAAACUGUAUUUUUUAUUACUCCACCCAUAAACCUACCCCUUGCUCAAAAACUUUGUGCAUUUUAAAAAUUUCAAAACACUUCAUUGUGUAUGAUUUAACAAGAAAUGCCAAAAAAACAACAAAAAAACAAACAAAGUGGUAUUUCUAUGUUCCCAUGACAAAGACAAUACCAUAACACACACACACACACACACACACACACAAAGGUCAAAAAACGUUAUAAUAUGAUGUACAUUUUUUAUAUAUAUUAAUGCAAAAUGCAAAUUCUGAAUUAUAUAAAUCUUGCCUGAUAAAAAAGGGUAUCUGCUCAAAUGCCAUACAUAUUUAGGGUUGAAAUAGAAAAAAAUUCAUUUCAUUAAAGAUAUAAUUUAAUAUUUCCAUAGUAAUAGUAAUAAAAUAAUGAAAUAAAUAAAGUUAUAGUUUAGGCGCCCAAUAAUGAGAAUUGUGACUUCAUGGUUCAGAAGAAAAUGUAAUAACUUUUAUCAAAUAAAAUAUAUUUUGCUAAAGCUACUUUUGAAGAUUUCCUAAGCAACAAUAUUUAGAGCUAUCCUGUGAUCAUUUGUAGAAUGUCUUUUAAGAGACUCUUUAUCCAGUGCUGUAGCCAUGGCGACUUGUACAUUUGGAGCAGCAUCUUCUCCUUUCUGUGAAAACGUCAUAUGUGAUCAUUUUAACCACUGUCUCUUUAGUUAAAAACAAAAAUAACUUCUUGACAUCUUGACAACAGAACAUAACUGUAACUGAAAUUGUUGGGGUUUCUUUUUCUAAUGUAAACAGUUAUUUAUAUUACAUUAUUUGCAAAUGUAUGAGCCCAUAACACAGAAGAAGCCUUACGUCAGCCUUAGUUGUGAAAUGUGAUUGGCUCUUGAGAGUCUCGUGACCGAUCGCUUCACUCUACGGGACGGUAGUAUCGUUUAGAAUGAGUUGUGAUCACGUUAACGGAGUCAUUUUCAGCGAAGAAGACCUUGUAUUUUACUCUGUUCUUUGCAUAAAGACAUCCCAUACUUUUAUGCUGCAUAUGGUCAGAUUUUUGCAAUAAAUACCUGUGACUGCACUCA